CGGUGAACAGCAUGAUGGGGAAAUAGAAUCAUCUUCUACCUAGCGAAAUCAUUGAAAUCAUUGAAAUAAGGAUUAACAAAAUGUCCAGCACCUAUCUGUAAAUGUAAAACAUUGUGUUAAGUAUGGACGCUGAAGCUGACGUCAUUGAAUUUAAAGUGCCCAAUGAAAAUAUCAAGACGCUGUUUAUCUGGGACAUUCUCCCAGCAUUUUCCGAAGCUUUCAUUUUCGAAUCUCUUUGGAGUAUCUUCUCCGACUUUGGUGCCCUUUACUUAGUAAAGGUGUGUCAGAAUGCGGCAGUGGUGGAGCCAGGGUUCUAUGCCAUUGUAAAGUUCUUCUCUGCAGCGCAAGCCUCCAAAGCGCAAAAAGCUACGAACGGAAAAGGCUUGUUCCAAGCAUCGCCCUUAAAAGUCACAUUGUGCACCAGGCAGAACCCUGCCUUCACCAACAACGUCAUGCCCCUCAGCAGCCCAAAGUGUCAGGAGCUGGCCAAUCAGUACCUUGGAUUUAAUGGAUGGUCCAGCCGUGUUGUCACACUCCAGGACCUCUCCAGCAGCGAUGAAGCAGGAGAGCUGCACACGGUUGCCAAAACGCAGGCACUCACCUUGAAGUACGGCUGCAUUGUGGAGCUCAUCUUCCCCCGCCACAGCACAAGCUGCCGAGGGGUGGGCGUGGCAGAAGAGUCCCUUCCGCACGACUCGGACCCUUCAGAGGCGUGCAUUAAACGGGGAAAGCUACAAAAAUGGGCCAAAGACAAAGCCCUGGUCGAUGCCUUCAGGAAAGUGGUGCUGGUCUUACUGAGUAAUGGGAAAGUUGCAGUUGAAUGCAGAUUUGAUCCAGAUGAGAUUCUUCCAGAUGAGGACCGUGAAGGAAUAAUCAAGGUGAAUGAUGUCUCCUGGAGCCAGUUUGAGAAUAUGGGAGAAGACGACUUUCUCUCAGAUCUAAGUCUGAAUAUGUCACGUUUGCCUUGAGACAGAUGAGCUGAAUUCAUGAAGCAAAGAAAGCUUCUCUACAGAUAUGGACCAAAGGCAAAGUCCAUUGUGAAGAUGGCAACCCCAAACAGGUGCCUGUAAAUGUGUCACAUAUUGAA